AUGCCGAUGCACCCAGUCACCUCCACCUUGAUGUACCGGGGGAUCUGCACCAUCCCCGACAUCCUCUCCUACAGCGCACCGGUGAACCUGCCCGAAGACGAAGUUGAAGAGAUCCGCGAGGCCUUCAAAGUGUUUGACCGCGAUGGGAAUGGGUUCAUCUCAAAGCAGGAGCUGGGGAUGGCCAUGCGCUCCCUGGGCUACAUGCCAAACGAGGUGGAGCUGGAGGUCAUCAUCCAGAGACUGGACAUGGACGGCGAUGGCCAGGUGGACUUUGAGGAGUUUGUCACUCUUCUGGGCCCGAAGCUGACGGCGGCUGGGCUGCCAGAUAAGUUCAACGGCACUGACUUCGACUCCGUUUUUUGGAAGUGUGACAUGCAGAAGUUAACGGUCGAAGAGCUGAAGAGGCUUCUGUACGACACCUUCUGCGAUCACCUUUCCAUGAAAGACAUCGAGAACAUCAUCAUGACUGAGGAGAACCACAUAGAGAACCCUGAGGACUGCCAGGUGGAUAUAGACAGUUCCAGCCCGACGCAGCAAGUCAAGCAAACCUGUGUGCGCAAGAGCCUGAUAUGCGCCUUCGCCAUUGCUUUCAUCAUCAGCGUCAUGCUCAUCGCGGCCAAUCAGGUGCUGCGGAGCGGCAUGAAAUAG